AUGGACAAUCAGUCGUUGGGGAAACAUUGUCGAGGUUGUGAGUCAACAACAUAGUCGCUCAUACGGUUAAAUUGUGUUUAAAUAUGUAUUUACAUACAUAAACUUUGAAAACGCACAUACAUACAUAUACAUAUAUUUAUUUAUUUAUACACGCGCAAAAGUACUCGCAUACGUAGGAAAAGGAAAUAAUAAAUGCGCAUGCGUUGCUGACAUUGCUCGGUUAUAACCGUGUUAGUAUAGGGCGGCUGUACGGUAGUGAGAUUGUUGCGUUUGUUUUACAUAUACAUAUGUAUAUAAAUACUUAUAUAUAAAGACUUUAAACAAAUGCUAUCUCAACGGUAAACAACACUAGUGCGGAAAGAAAGCUAAAAAUUUACUAUAUAAUAAAACACACAUUCAAGCACAACACAUUUUGCUGCGUCAGUGAUAUGCUGCAUUUAUUGGAGGCGCUCAAUAACGGAAAUUGUGACGAUUGCAAAUUUGCGAGGCCACGCAGUCAUAAUAUCUAUAAUGGCAAAGCGAAUAGUCGUCAAAGAACUUUACGACUAAAUGAGAAAAUGUUACUGUCUCUGCUACUACUCGCAACUUGUUUGUUUCACAUCAAUUUUGCUCUCGAAGAGGAUGAAGAUGGUCCAUAUCGUGGAAAAUACUUGGGCAAAAUUAACUCAUAUCAUCAUCAGGUAUCCGGGGACGUAUAUGCCGUAAAUGAGUAUACUUUUCUGAUAAUCGGGUUUAAUUAUGACGGCAACGGAGCGGAUACCUUCUUUUGGGCGGGCGCAUCAAAUCGCCCCGGGCCACAGGGUUUCAUUGUACCCGAUGAAUAUGGCAAAACCAAUAUACUUGACCGUUAUCACAACAAAGAUUUUACGCUCUCCUUGCCUGAUCGUAAGAAAAUUACUGAAAUCAAAUGGUUGGCCGUUUACGAUUUAAAUAAUCAGAAUAAUUUCGGUGAUGUUUAUAUACCCGAAGAAUUCGAGCCACCACUAGCACAAGCGGGUGGUACAUUCUCCCGUCGUAGCCAUAACGUGAGCAGUAGUGCCAUCGAGAUGCUCGACUCGAAGACAAUACGCAUUAAAGAUUUCACCUACGAUGGAUUGGGAAAGCGUACGUUCUUUUGGACUGGUGUGGGUGCGCAACCGUCAAGUCGUGGCAGCAAGAUACCUGACGAGAUGGGAUACUUGGAUCCCAUACGAAAAUAUGACAAAGAGACCAUCACAUUGGAAUUGCCCGGUGAUAAGACGAUUUUCGAUAUUGAUUGGAUCAGCAUAUAUGAUUUGGCUGAUAAUGAGAACUUCGGACAUGUUUUAAUAGCCGACAAUCUCAAUGUGCCACCGUCGUUGGUGAAGAUCACACCCUAUGAAUUCUCCCUGCCGAAUUGUCGGCAAUUGCAUAAAAACCUGCAAGUAUCAUGGGAAGUGUUUGGUCCACAAAUAACAUUACAGCUCUCCGGUCAGGUGGACAAGAAUGAUUAUAUGUCAUUUGGCAUAUCCGGCUCGGAGACGUCAAGUCAAAUGAUUGGCGCAGAUGUGGUUGUGGCGUAUAUCGAUGAUAUUCGUGGAUAUUCUGUGGAUUACAAUAUCACUUCCUUAGCGCCGUGUGUUCAAGUGUUGGGCCAAAAUAAGGGUGUGUGCCGUGAUGAUGUAGUCGGUGGCUUGGACAGUUUUCAACUUAACACCUAUAGCCGUAAGGAUGGUAUUAAUACGAUUACUUUUAGGCGUACUUUAAUCUCGUCGGAUUCCGGCGACAAGGAAAUACGCCUUGAUAAGAGUAAUUAUGUAAUCUGGGCUUUGGGACAGUUGGAUUCUAAUUCGGAACCGGCAUUCCAUUACGUUUAUCCAAAAAGUGAUAUACUCAUCGACUUCAAUACCACAGAACCGAUAAAUGAUUGCUUCAGUUUUACAAAGCGUCCGGACACACCUAUACAAAUAUGGGAACGUGUUCGCUUACAUGAUCCUACGGUGCGCACCUUUAAUGCCUAUCUCGGACCAUCGGGCGGCUUGCGCGGUUACCAAGGUGUUACGGGGCAUGUUUCCAGUGGAUUGGCUUGGUACAUUAAUGGUUAUAUGACGCCCGAGUUGUAUUUGAAACGUGGACUUACAUACGUCUUUAAGGUACGCGGUGGUAAUAAUCCACAUUCGCCCGAACACUAUCAUCCAAUGGUGAUAACAGAUGAACCCCAUGGCGGCUACGAUCGUCUUAGCGAUGCUAAACAAAGUGAAAUUCGCGUACUGGCUGGCGUUGAAUUUACACGUCGCGGUCGGCCAAAACCAACAGCUGCUGGUCCGUUGUGCAUAUCCAAGUAUCCCAUUAAUUAUGACCGUCGUUUGGAUGAUAAUUUUCCCAGUUUCAAGAAAUUCAAUCGCUCACUUAUAAAUAUUUGCCCCAAUGAGGAGCCCGCUACAUUAGAAAUAACUCCGAAUAUUACUUGGCCCGACACUGUAUACUACAAUAGUUUUACACACGCCAAUAUGGGCUGGAAAAUACAUAUUAUUGAUAGUUUCUCAAAUGUACGUAAUAACGCAAUAACAAAUGUGGUUAGUAUGCCGAUUAAAUUGACAUUAAUGUUGUAUUGCUUUAUAUUUGUCGCAAAAGUUAUGCACGGUUUGUGAUGUGCCACGAUAUAGAACUUCAAAAAAGUCAUGUCGAAAUUUUUAACGACUUUGAAUAUUUUGUUACUAUCAACUUAAAAUGUAAAGCUCAUUUGACUGAUAUCAGUGUAUUUGAUAAUUUCAUUCAUUUAUCAUAAAUAGAUUUAGCAAAUUCAUGUUUUGUCUGAUGAAGAAUAUUUUUUUUUCACAAACACACAAAAAAGAGAAUCUGCAUAUAAUAUAAUGUACACAAUUACCCAAACCAUAGGGUCUACACUAGUUGUAAAAGUCACAAUGUAUUGUAGUUUAGUACUUUCUAUGAAAAUAAACUAAAUAUUCGAAAA